AUGCACGUGACACGCAAGAACUCGAAACAAGUCGUGGCUACGGCGGAUCUCGUUGAUGGACUCUACUGGCUUCGUACGCCUCAACGGUCGGCCAACACGGUGAUGAACAACCAGGUUGUCGACCUGCACGCUUGCAUGGGUCAUGCACCUUUCGACGUUCUUCGCAAGAUGGUCAACGAUGGUCUGAUCAAGAACCCCAAGGCUCCUGCCAAGUCGAACGGAUCGAGCAUGUGUCGCGGGUGUCAACAAGGUAAGAUAGUUCAAAAACCAUUUCCAAGCAACCGCGACAAGCGUCGUUAUACCACGUUUGAGCUACUUCACUUCGAUAUCUGCGUCCCAAUGGAAGAAGUCUCGAUCGGCGGCAGCAGAUAUUUGCUGCUGAUUGUUGACAAAGCCAGCGGGUGCAUGAAGGGCUUCUUCUUACGUACAAAGUCGGAGAGCGAAGACUGCGUCAAGAGCUACAUUCUCAAGAUCGAGACCCAGUUCGGCAAGAAGGUCAAGUUCGUUCGUCACGAUGGAGCACGUGAGUUUACAUCCAACUCGCUCAAGGUCUUCUACGAGAACAAAGGCAUCGAUCAACAGACCACGGUGCCGUAUGCGCACCAGACCAACGGCACGGCAGAGCGCGCCAUUCGGUCUAUUGUCACGAUCGACCGCAGCUUACUGCAUCACGCCAAACUUGACAAGUGUUUUUGGGCUGAAGCGGCCAUGACGGCCAUCUACAUCAAGAACCGGUUGGCGUCGGUAGUUGAGGCGGGCAAGAGAUUUCUGCGCUUGGACGAGCCGAAUAUAAGAAACUUGCUCGGAAGAAUCGAAAUUGGAAAGUGA